AUGGGUAUACUUCAUGGUAACGGACCAAAGAUAAGGUACAUGGACUUAAAGAAGCCUAAAUCUCGACAUGACAAGCCUUUCAAAGAACGGAUGACAGAGAUAAGAAACAAAUGGCGGAUUCUGAAGACGAUGAUGCAAAGCGAGAAGAAGAGAUGCAUGUUGCAUCCGGUCAUGCUCUAUUUAGGAUGGAGGUGAGUGUCAAGGUCAUUAUUAGGUAUAUCAUCAUAAUGUAGGCUAUGCUACUUUAUGUAGGGCGUUUAGGUAUUAUGUUAUCGAAAAAUAUAUAGAAGUGUUAAAAAAAAGUGAUAAUAAAGCUAAAAUAUGAUGAUUUUUGGUUACUUUUUGACUAGUUUAGGCCAAUCAAAGUGCAUUUUAAGGCUAUGUUUUGUACGUUUAACGUAUCUUUAAGUAGACAAGUAUUAUCUUAACUCAAAAACCAUAACAUUUCAGACUAGACCGUUCCAAAUACAUUAUGAAUUUGACGAAAGGCCAGAAGAUUCGUCGGAAAUACGAAUUCUACCGCACUUUACCACGCUUUCGACCGUUUUUCUGUCAAAAAUGUGGGCUAAGUUCUCAUAACUUAUUGACCAUUAAAGCUCAUAUGUGUAGACGAAGAACAAGAAGAGAGCCGAAUUCAGAAGAGGUACAAAGAGCGAUUGAAAAUGGCAUCAAAAGUGGAUUGAAGAAUUCGUUAAGGACGAUGGAGACGUUGGAGUUUCCUGGUAAAUACAAGGUGGAGUUGUUGGAGGUGGAAUGUCAUACUGACUUUAAGGACGGCAAGGUUAUGAGGUAGGGUUUUGGUAAAGUUUUAGAGGUAAUGGUACUGGGUUGAUAUACACAUAGUACUAAGCAACGUAACAUCUCUAUUUCAGGCCCAAGUUACCAAACGCCUUUAUCAAGUCGAAUACAGUAUCAUUCCCUAUCUACAGUACUCAACAUGUAAAACUAGACGGUUUUGUAAAGGAGAAAGAAAUAUGUUAUCUAUGUUUGAAUUGUGGUAAACAAUUCUUCAACUAUGAGGAGUAUGAUCUACAUCUGUAUGAGACAGAAGAAUGUGCCAAGCCUAACAAUGAAAUGGGCUUUAUCGUAAGUUAUUUUUGGUUUUUAGUUAGAUACGGUAAAGUUACAGAAAGCUUUUUCAAAAAAAGUUUUUACAUUACCGUGAUGUUGAAAAAACGGCGCGUGAAAUAUAUGAAAUGUAGUAAUAUCUUAACAUAGACAGAUUGUAUAACUACAACAUUUAAAAUAUGGAAUAAUCACGUCAGUAUAAACCUAAAAUUCUAGGUAGAUAACCACCACUUCCCUCUAAAUUACUGUAAACUACCAGAGAAUGAAAUUCUCAAAUCCGAUCUCAAGUGUUUGGCCUGUGGCAAACUCGACUUUUCCACCAUGCCCGAACUACAAAAACACGUGUUACAUUGUACAAUACAGUAUUAG